CUGAUGGCAGCCUGGGCCGGCGAGGCGCGGGACGCACCCAUGUUCCCGGCGAGCACGCCCCACCCAUGCCCGCAUCCUUACCGGCCCCCGGCAGCCAAAGCCGGGGAUGGCUGGAGGUUUGGAGCCAGGGGCUACAGGCCCGAGCCCCCCUCCUUCCUCCCCGGCUACAGACAGCUCAUGGCCGCGGAGUACUUUGACAGCUAUCAGCGAGCGCAGCUCAUGGCCCUGCUGUCGCGGAUGGGUCCCCGGCCGGUCAGCAGCCGCGACGCUGCGGUGCAGGUGAACCCGCGCCGCGACGCCUCGGUGCAGUGUUCGCUCGGGCGCCGCACACUGCAGCCUGGACGGCGCCGAGCCAGCCCCGACGCCCGGCCCGGUUCCUGCCAACCCCGCAGCCCCGCCAGGGCCGGGAGACCCCCGCGAUCCUGGCGCACCGUCGCCCUGUACUCGCCCGUGACCUUCGGUGGCCUCUCCUCCUCGCUGGAGGUUGCGGGGGACAGGCAGACGCCCACGAAGGGAGAGGGGAGACCGGCACCCACGGGGACCCGGGAAUCCGAGCCGGGAGAGGUGGCAGUGAUGAAAGCAGUCCCCCAGCCGCAAAGCGAGGAGGGCGACGUCCAGGCUGAGGGGCAGGAGGGGCAGGAGCAGCCACCGCGGGAGGACCCGGACAGUGUGGCGGCGACGCAGUCUGAGCCCGGGAGUGAGAAGCCACGUCCUGUUGUCGAGAUGGCUCAGGAGCCCAGUGACUUGGCUGCCUCUGGAGACCGGGCCUCCCCACAGAGCACUGAGCAGGACAAGGAGCGCCUGCGUUUCCAGUUCUUAGAGCAGAAGUAUGGCUACUAUCACUGCAAAGACUGCAACAUCCGGUGGGAGAGCGCCUAUGUGUGGUGUGUGCAGGGCACCAGCAAGGUGUACUUCAAACAGUUCUGCCGCGUGUGUGAGAAGUCCUACAACCCAUACCGAGUGGAGGAUAUCACCUGCCAAAGUUGUAAAAGGACUAGAUGUGCCUGCCCGGUCAGACUUCGCCACGUGGACCCUAAACGCCCCCAUCGUCAAGACUUGUGUGGGAGAUGCAAGGACAAACGCCUGUCCUGUGACAGCACCUUCAGCUUCAAAUAUAUCAUUUAGAGAGAGUUGAAAACGGUUCUGCUAGAUGGAGCGGACAAGUGAGCCUUCUCCCACACCCCUCUCCCCUCUCCACCUCUCCCUUCUCAAAAUACUUCAUGAAAGGCGGUGUACUUUAAUAUAAAGCCUGCGAAUAAAAGGGGUUGCAAACA